CACGGCAGCGGUCAUCUACGACUUGUCCAGUGUGGCUCUCGGUUCCUUACCGAUGCUGAAACCCGUUACGCCACCAUCGAGCUGGAAAUGCUCGCCGCCGUCUGGGCGAUGGCCAAGUGCAGGUUUUACUUGGUGGGACUACAAAACUUCACUCUGAUGACCGAUCACCGUCCCCUGAUACCCAUACUGAAUAACUACUCACUGGAUGCCGUGGAAAACCCUCGCCUCCAGCGUCUUAAGGAGAAGAUCUCGCCUUACCUCUUUACGGCAGUGUGGCGUGCAGGCAAGACACUUUGCAUUCCUGAUGCUUUGUCUCGUGCCCCAGUCAGCCACCCUACGCCUGAAGACGAGGUACUGUGCACUGAAGCGGCAGUCUCCCUUAGGACCGUAGUAACCGUGAGGGCCGUCACAGCGACAGAGGAAGACGAUGAAAAGACCCUCGAGGAAAUCCGUGCAGCAGCAAGAGCUGACCCGGCAUAUGUUCGUCUGCUCAACUGUGUGACUUCAGGGUUUCCUGCAAACCGCUAUGACCUUCACAACUCCUUGCUCCCAUAUUGGAAAAUACGGGACGAACUCUACGCCGACGGUGAUCUCGUCCUCUAUGGCGUGAGAGCUGUGGUUCCUGCCGCCCUACGUCGUCGUACCCUGACCCGCUUACAUGACAGUCACCGGGGCGCUGAGGCAACUAAGCGACGGGCGAGUCAAACUGUCUUCUGGCCGGGAAUCAACUCUGACAUAGCAAACACAGUUCAAGCCUGUGAGCAGUGCCAGAUUCUCCAGCCUAGCCAGCAGAAGGAACCUCUGCUGAAUGACGACAACCCUACUAGACCCUUUGAAUCUGUGUCGGCCGACUUUUUUGUCGUAGCAGGGAAGUCCUUCUUGGUCGUCGUCGACAGACUCUCAGGUUGGCCCGUUGUCGUCCCUUGUCAUGGUGAUACCACAUCUGCCACUACCAUCCGGAUCUUCUGCCGCUACUUCCGAGAGGUUGGUGUUCCCCUUCGCCUGCGCACCGACGGAGGACCCCAGUUUACCAGCCAAGAGUUCCGGCACUUCAUGGACCGAUGGGGAGUCCGGCAUGUAGUCACCUCCCCGCACUACCCACAGUCUAAUGGUCAUGCCGAGGCCGCAGUGAAGACCGUCAAACAUCUCAUAAUGAAGGUAGCGCCCUCCGGCAAUAUUGACUGUGAAGAGUUCGACCGAGGUUUAUUGGAACUUCGCAACACUCCCAACUUCACCGGACGCUCACCGGCCCAGAUCCUCUUCGGACGUCCACUAAGGUCUUGUGUCCCUGCCCACCCGCACUCCUUCUCCGAGGACUGGCAGGCCAAGGCUGAAGACUGCAACCGCCGUGCAGCUGCCCGUGCCAAGGAUUCUACAGCUCGGUACGACCAGCAUGCCCACCCUCUUCCUAGGCUGAAGAUUGGCCAGCACGUCAGGAUCCAGGACCCGACAUCCCACCGCUGGGACAAGGUCGGGGUCAUUAUGGGCAUCGGCAGGUUGAGGACCUAUGAAGUGCGUCUCCCUAGUGGCCGGGUGUAUUGGCGGAAUCGUCGCUUCCUCCGCCCUGUGCAGUAUCCCAGUGAAGAGUCCCUUCCCCAGCGUGAGUCCGACGGUGAUGACCCGCCUGCUGAGCCCCGUCGAUCUGCAAGACUCCAGCGCAAGCAGUCCGCUCGAGAUUGAAACUACGAGCGUGAAGGGGGGAGGGAGAUGUAUGAUGGGAAUUUGUAUAUCCAUAGAUGUAUACAUACUGUAAGAUAGGAUAUGCAGCGACGUCUGGCAACUCAGCCAGAGUCUGCCCAUCUCAGUUGGCGCCCGGCUAUCCUCACUGACGGAGAGGAGCCGUGUCUCUGUAUUCCCUGUACCGUAUUUUGUAGCAAUAAGGACCUACUACUAUACCUGGAUCUUUCACUCAUCCCUGAUGUACUCCUGAAAGACUACGGAACUACACAACACAUGCACCAAAUUUUUCUUCACCAACGUUGUAGUGCGAGAAUGGAAUAAGCUCCCACCAU